AUGUCUUCCUUUAGGCUCUUGGUAAGUCUACGAUGCUGGAUAGAUGCGGUGGUAUCUCGCCUUUGGCGAUGUCUGCUCUCUCUGGGCGGUGCGGCCUACACUGCUCAGGAGCCUGUCACGACUAUAACCGGCGGCACGACCCCAAACGACGAAUAUCUGGCAUUGACCGACGAUGAAGUGGCAAAGGCCAGUGACAACUUCGUUGAGUCGCUGCUUCCGGAAAAAAUAAAGGCCUUGGCAUCGCGCUACAACGGCGGUAGAAGUUGCGAUAUCACGGGACAAGCCAGAGGCAGUUACAACGUCUGCUUUUUUGUCAAGUUUGAUGAGGAGGAGGAGUGGGUUGUCAGAAUUCCUAUUGAACCUGCUCUCUAUAAGCCGUGGGAAACAUUGCUCAGCGAAGUGGCCACUAUAGAUAUACCGGUGGCCCAAGUCCACGCAUAUGGGAAAGGGGAAAAGUUGACGGCAAGUCCCACGGCAACGCAAAUGUUCCUCAUUCUGGAUUACAUUCCGGGGACGCCUCUAGCCACAAAAAAGCUACUCCGCGCUACCGGUACAAUGAGGACCACAUUCUUCCGCCAACUGGUCGGCUAUUUGGCAGAACUUUGGUCUCUCGAGCUCCCUGCCAUUGGGUCUCUAAUGCUAUGCGACAAGGCGUCGCAGCCGAUACUUGGAGGCCUUCUCACUCAAUCUUCAAACGACGCUUGUCGAGAUAUGCCAAGCUUUGCAUCGUCCAAGGCAUUUGUAGAGUCCCAGUUCCAUCUCAUUUCCAGAUAUCUACUUGCGCCACGACAUGAUCACCCGGAAGAUGAGGUUCGGUAUGAUAUGUUUUGCCUCAGCAGCAUGAAGCCUUACUUCAGUAGCGUUAUAAAACCUGAAUUCGACAGUGGUCCCUUCGUUCUUAGCCAUCCAGAUCUACGACCAAGCAAUAUUAUAGUCAAUGAAGAAAUGGGGAUCGUCGGCUUCAUUGAUUGGCAGUUUGCAAGCGUCGUCCCUCGCCAGCUUUGCACGCCGCCAGCAUGGGUCACCGGCCAUACGUGGACCAACUAUGAUAAGUUAUUCCUCUCAUCGUUUUCUGUCGGCCUGGCCCUUGAUGAUAAACUUCCCGAACAGCUCAAUCGAGAGUGGCGCGACCCAUCGAGUACCUCUUUUCACGUUGCGCAUAUUAUUAGACGCCCUGCCGACCUCAAUCGUGUCUUUCAGAAUUAUUUUGCUAGAGGAAAAGACGCCAGAGAGCUUGAGGAGGCCGAGAGCAACCUAUUUCAGGACCCAAGAGUUGCUUCAGAGGCUCAACAAAUAGCGGAACGGAACGCACGAUACACAGAGUACUUGAAAAGCCAGGGAAGAUAUACAAAAGUGGCCUGA